CGGCGUGUGAUGGAGACGAACCCUAGCUCUUGUGAACAAAAUCAAACAGAGAUGGCGGAAGAAGCAGCUAACGUACAGGCCAAGGCAUCGAAAGCCAAGGACAUACGUCACUACCUAUGCCAGUAUUGCGGAAUCAGCAGAUCCAAAAAGUAUCUCAUCACUUCACACAUAAAUUCUCAUCACAAGAUGGAAGUUGAAAUGGAAAGAGACGAUGAAGCUUGUGAGGUUGAUGAAGGAGAAGAAUCCUCUGGUAAACAUAGUUGCCAGGAGUGUGGUGCUGAGUUCAAGAAACCUGCUCACUUGAAGCAGCAUAUGCAGAGUCAUUCACUCGAGAGACCUUUUGAGUGCUAUGUGGAUGAUUGUACUUCUAGUUAUAGGAGAAAGGAUCAUCUCAAUAGGCAUCUUCUUACCCAUAAAGGGAAGCUCUUCAAGUGUCCUAAGGUGAAUUGCAAGAGUGAAUUCUCAGUACAGGGAAACAUCAGCAGGCAUGUUAAGAAAUAUCAUAGUAAUGAAGAUGAGAACAAAGAUGAUACUUGUAAUGGUGAUACUAACAAGGAAGAUACUGGUAUUGGAGAAUGUUCAUCUGGCCAGAAGAAGAUUGUCUGCAAAGAAGUUGGUUGUGAAAAGGCCUUUAAGUAUCCUUCACAGCUACAAAAGCAUCAGGAUUCUCAUGUGAAACUGGAUUCUAUCGAGGCUUUUUGUUCGGAGCCUGAGUGCAUGAAAUACUUUACAAACGAGGAAUGUCUCAAGGCACACAUAAGAUCCUGCCAUCAGCACAUCAACUGCGAGAUAUGCGGUUCUAAGCAGUUGAAAAAGAACAUCAAAAGACACUUACGGACUCAUGAAGAAGAUUCAUCACCAGGAGAAUUCAAGUGUGAAGUUGAGGGUUGCUCUUCAACAUUCUCUAAGGCUUCUAAUCUUCAGAAACACACUAAAGCAGUGCACGAGGAUAUCAGACCCUUUGUAUGUGGAUUUACAGGUUGUGGCAUGAGAUUUGCUUACAAACAUGUCAGAAACAACCAUGAGAAGUCUGGAUCCCACAUUUAUACCUGCGGUGAUUUUGUUGAAGCCGAUGAAGAUUUCACAUCAAGACCAAGAGGUGGAGUAAAGAGAAAGCUAGUUACAGCUGAAAUGCUGAUACGGAAGAGAGUCAUGCCUCCUCAGUUUGAUGCAGAAGAACACGAGACUUGCUAGUUAUUAGGCACUAAGCAAAGAUGGUUUCAUUGUGUGUGAAGUUUGCGUGUGUUUUAUUUGUCUUUAUAAGAAAAUAUAGAGCAUAGUAGUAGGUGUGUAAAAGGUAAGGUUAUGGUAUACAUAUUUGACACUUUAGAACUCUAAAGACAGAUCUCUCUUUCGUCUAUAUUCUUUUCAUAGUUCAAACUUCG